UGGGUCGUUGUGCGUAGAACUUACAAGCAGUCCAACCAAAUUCUACUGUUCCUUCUCUCCCUCGUUUCAAUCUCGCUGUUAUUGUUUUCAGGCAUUCUAAAAAUUCCCUUUCCUUCUAGGGUUUGGAGAAUCCAGGCGACUACUUCUCUUCUUUCUCUGUCAUGUUUCCUUUGAGUUCUGUCCGAUUCAAAGCAGGAUUUCUAUAAUCACCGCCAAAAUUUCUCUUCAACCAUUUGUCUAAUCGGAAUCCGAAAUCCCAUCUGUUGGUUCUUCAAAUUUUAUCUCCUGCUUCAUCAUUCAAUCGAUAAGGGUUUCGUAUCAAUUAUGAUUACAAUCUUUAAGCCCUUUAUGACCUUCAUCGUAAUCGUUCACAAUCUUCGUGUCUUUGGCCCUGGAUUGAAUCCCUUUGCACCCUACUGCGUGGCUCAUCAUUCUGUUACUGUUUCUCGUUAAUUCUCUUUGCUUUCAGUUUUUCCUUCCAAUCCUCCUUGACCCUUUUAAUUUUACUUUGUUACUCCUUUGAACCAUGUAAUUCUUGUGUCUUUCUAGGUUCUGGGUUUUCUUGCCAUAGAAACAAGUUUUGAUUUUAUUGUCAAAGAAGGGAGUUCUGUUUCUUGUUUUUUGCGAUUUACAAACUAUUUUGAGCGAGGUUGGUUCGAGUUGACUGAAAGGGAAUUUGAGGACAUGCCUCAGGAACAGAGGAGCCAGAUUAGUCGAAGCCUUUCGAGAAGGCGUUCCUUCCGAUAUGAAGUAUUCAAUACGGAUGACAGGGGAUGGACUUCACUCCACAUUGGUGCGAGAAAGGGUGACCUUAAAGAGGUGAAACGUUUGCUCAAUGAUGGAAUGGAUGUGAAUGCAAUAGCAUGGGGCCCCAAAUCAAAGGGCUUGACCCCCCUCCACCUUGCUGCCGAGGGUGGACAUCUUGAAGUAAUGGAUGAAUUGCUUGAACGUGGUGCUAACAUUGAUGCUAGAACCAAAGGUGCUUGUGGCUGGACACCUCUGCACAGUGCAGCCAAAGAGAGAAGGAAGGAAGCUGUGAAGUUCCUUGUGGAGAAUGGAGCAUUCUUGCCGGAUGACAUUAAUGACUGCAGAUUUAAUCCUCCACUCCAUUACUGUCCUGGCCUUGAGUGGGCAUACGAGGAGAUGAAGCGUCUUCAACAUGAAAAUAGUUCAUCUGGAGAGACAUCUUGCAGCUCUGAGAGUUGAAAACCCAUCCUCCCCAUCCUUUGGUGGUAGGUGUUGUUGAGUUUGAUUCUGUUUUUAUGAAGACAUCUAUCCUAAAUCUUUAUGUAUGUUGAAUCAGAUAUGCUUUUUGUUCUGUGGAACUACUUAUGAUGUCUGUUGUCAAACCAUAAACUGUGUUGUGUUUGUAAACCUUUGCCAACCGUGGAUUAAUUUGAAUUUUCUCUUCUUAA